AUGCGCAUAAUUGCCUUAAACAUAAAAUUGUUCUAUUUCUCGAGCUUAUGGCUGCAGAUUUGGGCAAAGGACUUUGUUCCGCCGAAUAUCGUAAUAAUCGUGGCCGAUGAUAUGGGAUUUGAUGAUGUCAGCUUCCGUGGCGGCCACGAAUUCAUUACUCCCAAUAUCGAUGCCUUAGCCUAUCAUGGACACAUUUUAAAUCGCAUGUAUACACCACCCGUAUGUACACCUUCAAGAGCUACUCUACUAACAGGGUUAUACCCGCUGCGCACAGGUUCACAACACUAUGUGAUGGCCAAUGAGGAACCAUGGAGCAUUUUGAGUAAUCACACAAAUAUGGCCAAGACCUUUCAAGAUCAUGGUUACUCCACAAAUUUAGUGGGUAAAUGGCAUUUGGGCAUGGGUAGACGGGAGUUUACACCAACCCAUCAGGGUUUCGAUUAUCACUAUGGUUAUUGGGGAGCUUAUAUUGAUUAUUAUCGCAAGACAUGUAAAAUGCCGGUAAGAAUAUGUAGCAUGGGUUAUGAUUUUCGUAGAAAUCUAGAUAUCGAAUGUACUUCGGAGGAUGACUAUGCGACUGAUUUAUUUACUAAGGAAGCUGAGCGAAUUAUUAUGGAAAAUGGAUCCUCCAAACCCCUAUUUAUGAUGGUCACCCAUUUGGCACCACAUUCAGGAAAUGACGAUGAUCCUUUACAAGCUCCCUUUGAAGAUAUUCAAAAAUUUUCCUAUAUACCGGAUAUAAGAAGAAGAACAUAUGCGGCCAUGAUCUCUAAAUUGGAUGAGAGCGUGGGCCGCAUUGUCCAGGCCUUGGAUGAAGCACGGAUGUUAAAUAAUUCCAUAAUUGUAUUCUAUUCCGAUAAUGGAGCUCCAUCUGUUGGAUUUUUAAGCAACACUGGCUCCAAUUGGCCUUUAAAAGGGCAAAAACAUUCACCUUGGGAAGGAGGCAUUCGAGUGCCUGGAGCCAUUUGGUCCGCAUUGCUAGAAAAACGCGGCUCAAUCUAUCAACAAACUAUGUAUGCCGCCGAUUGGUUUCCCACCUUAGCAGCAGCGGCCAAUAUCGAACUGAAUUUACCAUUAGAUGGCCUUAAUUUAUGGCCCGACUUAGUGAAUGGGGACUAUACCACAAAUAAUAUUCCACAAUACCAAGAACGUGAAAUAAUUCAUAUGUUUGAUGAAAUUUGGAAUGUAACCUCUUAUACAAAAGGACGUUUCAAAUAUAUCAAGGGCACCACUUCUCAAGGAGAAUAUGAUAAAAUGUUGUCCCAACGCAAUCCCCAUUCCAACGAUCCUAGAGAGACUUUAUAUGAGGAGGCUAUUAAAACAUCUAUGGUCUCUAAGUCUCUACAAAAAAAUGAACAAAAUAUUCUAACAAAUGAGAAAAUUAACAAUUUAAGACAAAACACCAAAGUGCGUUGUGGGCCAGAUGGUGCCCCAUGUGAUGCUUUGAAAGAGGAAUGCCUCUAUAACAUCUGGUUGGAUCCGUGCGAGCAAAACAAUUUGGCUUCUAGGCCAGAAUUUGCUCAUGUCUUAAAAGAAAUGCGUCUCAGAGUGAAAACUCUUGGACAAACUGCUGUUAAACCUAAAACCGGUGGUAGUGUGGAGAAGAAUGAUCCUGCAAGGCAUGAUUGUAUAUGGAGUAACUUUUUACAGGAACCUCCCACAGAAUAUAUUUCACAAUGUGGUUAUCAUUCAUCCCCUUGUCGAGGUGUAUGGAAUCAACAACUGCUCAUGUAUUUGCUUUACUUCCUUUGGUCUUGUCUGGCAGUAUGCGCUUUGUUUGUGGCAGUUUACCUAUCUAAGCAACGCCAUUACGACAGAGUUUCCACAGAUCCUAAUCAUGUGUCCGAAGGAGUUCAACUUAAUGUAACAUGA